CCGCAAUCGUAUGGUGAAACGACGAUGCCCAAAUGUUGCGUUGCUUAACGUUCAAUGUGCCGACGGGACAAUUGUGGUGAUGAGGACCCGGUAGGUGCUCCUCGAGUAGCUUGUACUAGGACGAGACGGCGUGCCAACGCCCAGCUAAAUCUAUGCCGACAUUACGCAGAUCAACUUGAGACUGAACCUCCCGUGCCUCGUGGCAAACUAUGUACGGCGUCCUCAUCCGCAACCAUUUCUGCCCGACGCGACCAGCGCAUGCGUGAAUCAUACCUGAUGUGCUCGCGAGCGAACGACUCAGCUGCGCCGCAAGCGGGUCCAGGUUGCUUCGACGAGGAUCGCGGCAUUGCCGGACGGUCGCUGGUGAACAGGCGUGGAAGUGCGGCGGAUUGUGUAGGCGGACUUCAGAGAGACUGCCGAGACCCACGCGUCAUUGUGAUUUAUCCUGCACCUUGCAUCGCAUCGCUUGGGCUGAAGGAAAUAGGCUGGACGCCUGUAGGAUGUCAGCACGUCCCGCUCGACCGGACGUCCGUUGGAGGUUCUCGAGCAAAAUGA